AUGGUAAGUUUUUUUGAACAUGGAGGAUGGUUUUUAACAUUUUUAAAAAUUUUAAAUUUAAGUUGUUGGGAAGUGUAAAAUAAAUUUUGGAUGGGCGGGGUAAAAUAAGGUAAAAUUUUUAAUUUGGGUUGGAUUUUGUUUGGUUAGGGCAUGAUAGGGUAGGGUAGGGCAUGGUAGGCUAGGGUAGAGUAUGAUAAGGUAAAGUAGGUUAAUUAAAGGCUGGGUAGGGUAAGAAAAAAUAAAUUAAGUUAGACUUAGGUACUGUAAAGUACGGUAAUGCCAGUAAAAAGCCAGGACGUGGUAAAAACCGGGUUGCUAUGAAAAAACAAGAUUUUUCAAAAAUAUUAUAGUAGAAUAGACGUCUAUUACUCUAUAAUACGAUUAUUUGGAACAGUAUUGUUUAAUAUUUGGGUUUGUUGACUGCUUAUCUCUACCGUGAAGGUUAAUAUAAACUUGUUUUUUUUCGGAAAAAAGUAGGCAAAUAGAAUGAAUUGAGGAUUGAUAAGAUAGUUGUUGAUGUACUUUUUGAUCAAUUUAUUGUUGUCAAUACUGUUUUACUGGGACGUGUGGAUGGGUUAUAGGGAGGGGUAAGGUAAAAUUUAGAUUUUUUUGGUUAAGGGGUGGAUUUUUUGGAUUGUGUAGGGUGGGCAGGGUAAGGUAAAAGUUUUUUUUUAAAUAGGGGGUGGUUUUCAAGAUAGGGUAUGGUAGGGCAGGGUAAGUUAGAUUUUUAGGUAGGGAGAGGUUUUUCUUGGGUGAAUACAUCAGGGUAGGUACAGUAGGUUGGGUAGUGUAAGAUAGGGUAGGGUAAGAUAAGUUAAAGUAAGUUAGGGCAUUUUAAGACUAAGACAACGCAUGAUAUGGCUUCUUUUACACUUUUUCAUACCUAAAAUACUAUAAUUGAUAACUAAAACAAUAUAACCCCAAACCUUUCAGAAGUUCCGUCCAACAGUCCACUUCACCAUCCUAGACGAGUCCUCUGACACUCGAUCCUACGUCCAAGUCAGUACGUUAACCGCACCAAAUAGCACCGUACUCAAAGCCCUACACGACGUACUAAACGAAUCAGGAAUGUCCGUAGCCGAAUACGAUGUGAUAAAGACCUACAGUAACGGAAAGAAUGUAAAAUACGAUACGAAAGUGAAGGAUCAUCAGGAUAUUGAUGUAGUGAUAAGAAGGAAAAGGCACAAGAAUCGACCGAAAGGCAAGAAAGUGGCACCAAUGCUGAUGACAGUGGUGAGGACGGUGAUCGAGGAGAUCGUGGAUGAGAUCAAGCCUCCGAAGACGUAUUUCAGCGAGGUCGAGGAGAUUGGUGGGCCUAUUGCGGUGAGCUUAUUUGAUAGUUGUGGCAUGAGUAACAUAGCCUUAGGUUUGAAAUUUGAAAAUUUUUUGGUUGAUUUGAGUUAUAUAGGUAUAGAUAAGGUAUGGUAGGGUAGGGCAGGGUAGGGUAGGGUAGGGUACUAUACGGUAAGGUAUGGUCAAAUACUGAUAUAAUUUUCAAUUUUUUUCAAUUUCAGACCACCUCCAGCAUCACAGUCCACCUCCGAGUAAAGACUGUCCGACCGGAAACUAUCGACCUGGUCGAUGAAUAUCCCUGGGUCAAACUCAGCUCCUCCCCCUGGCACAUAACAGCAGAUACCACAGCAGUCCAGUUUGUUACUCAGCUAGUCAAGAAAGGCUUCCUAAACGAACUUAUGGAGUUUAAGUUGGUGGAUUCAGAUGGCCAGCUACAAGACAUUUCAAUGAAUUCGUUGCUGAAAAAUGGCGCUAUUUACUCGGCGGUGGCGAAGAAGGGCGUACCAAGAGAACUAAAAACGGAUGCGGAGAUGAUAUUGAAAUCGGAUGCUGAAAUGAUGAUAAAUUCUGGUGAUCAAAUGAUUUACACCAAAAAACCGGUUGAAAUUUAA